AUGCCUCCCACUUCUCUCUUUCAGCGUGCGCCUGUUCCUACAAGCAACGUCUGUAACACGCCCGACUGUUUGGCUACAAGCGCCUUUAUCAAACAGUAUGUGAAUCUCAAUGUAGAUCCCUGCUCUGAUUUCUUUGAAUACUCUUGUGGUGCCUGGAUCAAUGCCCCUAGUACCAAAAAGGCAAAGGAUACAACCAGAAGCUCCUCUGCAGAUGUCACAACCAACAACAUCCUGGCACUGGUGGAUAUCAUGGAGACCUCCUACGACGACUUUAUAGCAAAGCACCUGAAAUCAAACGCUGAUGGCUUCAAUGUUGCUGAACAAGCUGAUACAGAUCGAGCCAAUUUUCAAAAGGCCAAAGACUUUUACAACACCUGCAUGAAUCCAGAGCGCAGCAUUACCGAAAUCUAUCCUGACAUUGCCUACCUUCGCAAUACGUUGAUGGGCAACCACACAACGCCUGAAACCGUCCCCGCUCAACUGGGUCAUGUAUUAGCUUUCUUCACUCGUUCUGGUGUGUCUUCUAUUGUAGAUGCUUUAGUGACAAGAAACGACGAGAACCACGAUUACAAUAUGAUCCUCUUCAAUGUUCCCAAGGUGCCAGACGAGGAUAUCAAGAGCAUUGAGGCUGCGAUUACCAAGACAUUGGGCCAGCACAAUCAAACACAACAAGUCGUCAAGGCAAGCCACGAUGCCAACAUUCAACUAUGGUCUCAAAAUCAAGUCAAGACUGCCAUCGACACUUACGUUGGUGUUCAAGAACAAUUGCAAAACAUCACAGAAGCACUGAAUAAGCUUUCAGAAGCUGAUGUCGUUGCCAGUCGCAACAUCAGUGGCCUAACAUCUGUUAGCAAACUGAUUGACUGGUCUGCUUACAUCUCUGAUCUCGUCAAUCCUGAAUACUUGACCAGCCCUACCAGUACUGUGUUCUCUAUCCAGCAACUGACACUGGCCUUGGAAAAGUUAAUUGCCUCUCUCACAUGGAACGAGUUGCAAGACUACUUUACUGUUCGUUUCGUCAUGGACAGAUCUACCAAUGGCAUGUUCUACGCAUUUGCACCUUCUGAUAGUAUGUACUCUGCCAAUGUCACUGAUCAACAGGCUACCUGUGCUAAUCAAGUCGGUAUUAAACUGUACAACAAUGUCGGCCGCUUCUUUGCUUUGAAGACAUUUGGUGGUAUUAAUGAAAAGAACGAGGUGGAUCAAUUUAUUCAUGAGCUGCAAUCUUCAUGGUUGAACCACAUUCCCGGCACUCCUUGGCUUGAUGCACCCACCAAGACUAGAGCUGUAAAAAAGAUCAAUGCAUUGAAACCAAGAGCUGCCAUCAACAUGAUUCAUCCAGACUGGACUAAUCCUGGCUUCAUCCAAAACUACUACCAAAACUACUUGAUAGACACUACCAGCUACUACAAAACCAUCAGCAACUACUAUGCUUGGAACACAAACAGACAGUGGAGGAGCCUUGGUGAUAAAGUCUUGAACGAGCAAUGGUCUGAUGAAGGUUAUGCCGCAUAUGUCAAUGCAUUCUAUAGCCGUCAGCUAAACCAAUUUGAGCUUCCUGAAGGUAUCUUGCAAAAGAUUUUUUACGAUGCAAAGUUCCCUAAAUACUUGAACUAUGGUGGCAUGGGAUCCGUCAUUGGACAUGAGCUUACUCAUGCUUUGGAUAAUAAUGGUCGUCUCUUUAAUAGCAGUGGCUACAAAGAAGACUGGUGGACUCCUUUCUCCAACGAGGCAUUCCACAACCGUUCUCAAUGCUUUAUCGACCAAUACAACAAGGACUUUAUCGUCAACAGAUCCACUGGCGACAAGAUUCAAAUUGAUGGCGAGAACACGCUCGGCGAAAACAUUGCUGAUAGUGGUGGACUGACUAUUGCUUUGACCGCUUACCGUGAAUACGUUGCUAAGCUGAACCAACCUGAGCCUCUUUUACCUGGAUUAGAAAACUUGACCCAAGAAAAGCUGUUCUUCAUCGGCUACUCGAUUCCUCGUUGCGAAUACUAUGAUGAUAAGCUGACUGGAUAUAACCCCAAAGAUGCGCAUCCUCCAUGGGCUAUCCGUGUCAAGAACUCAUUAAUCAACAGCGCUGAAUUCGCCAGGGUCUUUAACUGUCCUGCUGGUUCUCCCAUGAAUCCUCACAAGAGUGAUGAAGACAGAUGCGUCAUCUGGUAG